AUGACGACCACAACGCAAAACCAUCCCAACUCGACGGUCUACGUCAAAAACCUCGAAGAGCGCAUCAAGAUCGACCAGAUGAAGACGGCCCUCACGGAAAUUUUCUCAGAGUACGGCAAUAUCAUCGACCUGGUCGCCAAGUCGAACCUGAAAGCGAAGGGCCAGGCGUUCGUGGUCUUUGACAGCCCGGACUCGGCCGCAAAGGCCAUUGAAGAAAUCAAUGGCUUCGAGCUGUUUGACAAGCCUAUGCAGCUGGACUUUGCGCGCACGAGGUCGGACGCUACCGUGUUAAGAGAAGACGGUGAACAAGGGCUGGAGAAGUGGAAGAGGGCCAGGCUCGCGGAGAAGGAGAGGCGGCAGGCCCUGGAGGCGACGCAGCAGAAGGUGCUCAAGAGGCCCGCGGACGCGGCGGCUGCUCAGCCUACUGCAGGAGGACUGGCAACGCGGCCUGCGAAGACGGCGAAGGGCGUCGGCCUCAAAGCUUCCGGCACGAAUGCUGCCGCCAUCAUCCCCGACGAAUACCUUCCGCCCAACAAGAUCCUGUUCAUUCGGGAUCUGCCGGAUAGCUACGACGCAGAUGGCCUGAGCCGGAUAUUCAGUCGCUUCGAAGGAUUCAAAGAAGUUCGAAUGGUGCCGGGGCGCAAGGGUAUUGCGUUCGUGGAAUAUGAGGCCGAGGCUGGCGCGAUCAGUGCAAAGGAGGCGACCGCCGGAAUGCAAUUGGGUGAUGAAGGCAAGGGUAUCAGGGUUACGUAUCAACGAGCUUGA